CCUCGACCCCCUGCGAAUUGAGCGAAACAAAUAUGGCGCCUAUCGAAAGCACAGAGGAGUCGAGGAAAGCAGUUUACAUCCCUGACAACACAAGGGAUGAGACAACCAAAGAGAAAUUCGCUAGGAAAGUCAAAGAGAACCCAUUUGUUCCAAUAGGCUGUGCACUUACUGUCAGUGCCCUGGUAUAUGGCCUUUUGUCAUUUAAACGUGGAGACGUGGGUAUGCAACAGACCAUGAUGAGAGCCAGAGUGGUAGCCCAAGGCUCCACCAUAGUAGCACUUGUCGGAGGUGUUGGUUAUGCACUUUUGAAGGGGAAGAAGGAUUAAUGAAGAAGAAAACCAUUCUCCAAAGAGAUUAGCUUAAAGCUAAGAACAGAUAUGCAUUGAUUCAUGAGUAAAUGUGCCAAACAGAGUAAAUCUAUUUGUGGUAAAGAUAACUUUGGCACAGUAUAAUAUUAUGUACUGUAUGUGACAUUCUUUGAAAGUUGUUAAAAAGGCCUACUUAGAUACUUGUGUAUAAAAUUUUGUUUUAGAAAAGUAUAAUUAUUGUUAUGCUUGAAUAUCUGAUCUUCCAUAAUGGAUUUUUCUGUCUUAGUUUCAUUUUCUAAUAAAUGAAAAGACAUUAA